UAUCUCGCGUGAGUAUUGAAGCUAUUCGUUCUAAAAUUAAUUCAAUUAAGGCCAACUAUGGCAGGUUUUGAUCAAUUAAAUUGAGGUUAAUCGAGCAAACGGAAUUUGGAGCACGUAGCCAUUCCGAAAUAAUAUUAAUUUUCAUUGAGCCGCGAUACGUCGUGUGUUUACGCUGUUGGCUUGAGCUUGGAAAAUUAGGAGUUUUUCUCUCUCAAUUGACGAGUGCAUCAGUUUGGCUGGGUUAUUUUAAUGGCAGAUACUGCAACUUCGGGUACUGAAAGUACUUCUACACCGAUUGAAAAAGGAUGGCCAGCAUUGAAACAGCAAAUUAUUCAAGAUAAAAUUAAAGUAGCACAAUGGGCAAUACGUCUUGUAACCAUUCUGUUCACUUUUGCAUAUUUACUUCCAAUAUUUGGAAGCCCAUACGAUGCCUACUACAAAGUAUUACUUAGUUGUACAGCAACAAACAUUCUGCGCCUUCAUCAACGGUUACCACGAAUUUCAUUCACUAGGGAAUUUUUGACAACUCUAUUCCUUGAAGACUCAUUUCAUUAUCUAUUUUACACAUCAAUUUUCCAGUAUACUUCACCUGUUACACUGGUCAUUGUUCCAGUAUUCCUCUUUGCCUUGCUGCAUUCAGCAAGCUAUUCUUUGACGCUUCUUGAUUGUUUGGGACAAAACAGUUGGUGGGGAGCUCGUUUAUUGAUUUCAAUAGUUGAGUUCCAGUCUCGCAAUAUUUUAAAACUCUGUGCACUUUGUGAAAUUCUUGUUAUGCCCUUGACUGUAUUACUUAUUUUCACUGGAAGAGCUGGGCUUCUCACUCCUAUUGUAUAUUACCAAUUCUUGCAACUGCGCUUGGCUUCUAGGAGAAACCCCUUUACACGCAACGUUUUCAUCGAAAUCACCAAUACCUUUAGCACAAUUGCUAUGAAACCAAGUGUGCCUGAAAUUCUGCGUAGAAUAAUCGGGAGUCUUGUCGAACUUAUGCGCCGAUUAACUCCUGUUCAUCAGUAAAAUGAUGAUUUGAAGCAAUCUGUUACAAAUUAUGCGAAUUUUGAAGUUUUAAGUAAACACGUCUCGGUGACUGAUAUGCUUUGUGACUCUCAAAGUUUCAAAAAUUACAAGGAUUUUUGUAUUUUUUAAGAAUAAGUAAUGAUUUUCAAAUGUUACCAUUUUUGUUAUAGCAAAUGAACUCUGCAAAUUUUUGGCCAUAUGCCUCAAUCUCUUACCUUCUACAUAUUUUUAUUCCAAUUUAUGUGAAAAAUUCAGUAUACAUAAUUUAUCACUUAUAUAUUUUCCUAAAUGAAUUAAACUGUCACGGUGCAAAUAUUUUAACGAAUUAUAUAGAUUUUAUUAAAGAGAAAUAACAGUAAGGGAUUUGCUCAUCGUUUUUUAUACAUGGCAAAAAUAACAUUGUAAGUACACGUCUAUGUCUUUAGACAAAUUUUAACACUUAUUAAUAAUGGUGUAAAAGGUCCAAAUUUACAAUCAAUAGAUGAGAUUCAAUUUUCAUCUUUGAAUAAUAAUUAGAUGAUUAGAGAUUUACCUACAUUCCUUUAAUGUAAUAACUAUAGUAAAUAUUAUUCAAAGAUGGAUUAUCAGGUACAGAGAUCAUUUUUUAAAUUAAUAGGAGUUAAAAUUGUCCAAACAUCAGUACUUGCCUAUUUUAAUAUGAUAAUCUAGAGGUCCUAAACGUUUGUAUGAAAGAUAGCUUUUUGUUGCAGUUUGAUCAAAACAUUUGUGUACAUUUUGUAUGUGAUAAAAAGAAAACGAAAAAAAGAUCAACAUUAUGAUCUAUUAUUUAGUCUUAUUUGUUUCAAGUAUCCUUAGUUAAGAUUCAGUUAAAUGCUAGGGAAAAAAUGAUAAAUGAAAUGUUGACACGUAUUUGAUAGUUAUUUGCAUUCUAUAUUCCAUGGUUGGAGCACCGAUUAUACAGUAAUUGUAUAUUUGUAUAAGUAUACAUAAUCGUUUUGUAACAAUUUAUCAUGAGUUCGUUUUACACGGGUAGGGAAGCUAAGAAAAUUUGACUAAAAACAAUAUUAUAAUAGCCUAAGAUCAGUGGUUUGUUGUAAAUGUUAUAAUUAUGAUCGGCGAUGUCUAGGAAUAUGUCACGACCUUCAGAUAUUGCAAUUAUGUAUUUGACAGUUCGAUUGUAUGCUGUGGUCUAUGGUUGUUUUUUCAAAUAAAAUAACAAAAUGUUGAUAAAAAAA